AUGACCGCCCCUCGGCCCUCUGACGAGGCGGAAUCACAAGAUAUCGACAUCGAACGAGCAUCCACUACGAAAUACCCACCUAUCACUGCCGCGGACCCCGCGCCGUCUUCGUCUCAAACUCAGGAGAACCAACAAUUCGCUUCGAUAGAGAAGGAUCAACCCCAUCCUCAGCCGCAGCUACAGCCUCAAAUACCAGGUGAAGAUGAUAUACCUGAAGGUGGUUACGGGUGGGUAAUAGUAGGCUGUCUGAUGGCUAUCAACGCUACGACGUGGGGUAUAAAUACUACAUAUGGUGUAUAUUCAUCAUUUUACCUCGCGAACAAUUAUUUCGAUGGUGGAUCGACAUUAAACUACGCUUGGGUGGGAGGACUGAGUGUGGCUACUUGUCUUUUAUGUGGACCUCUGGCGAAUGCUUUGAGCAGAUGGUUGGGAUUUAGAAUAACUAUGUUAUUUGGUGUCGCUGGUGUUGUGCUCGGUCAAUGUAUGGCGGGCAUAUGUAAGAAUUUUGGAGAGUUCUUGUUCUGUCAAGGCAUCUUGUUUGGGAUAGGUCUCGGUCUUAUACUCGUACCCAGUCAACCGCUAUUAGCACAUUGGUUCAAGAAGAGGCUGGCUCUAGCUUCGGGAAUCGCAACCUCCGGAUCAGGUCUCGGGGGCUUAAUCCUCUCCAACACCACCCGGCUUGCUAUCGACCGCAUCGACGUGAAGUGGGCUCUGAUCAUCAACGGUCUCAUAUCCCUAGCGUGCCUUACACCAGCUGUAUUACUGCUGAAAGGACGACAUAAAGCUGUAGGAGCGAGACAGGCUCCGUUAGAGUUGAAGUGGAUAUACCACCUGGGUUUCUUAUGGAUAUGGUUGUGGGCUGCGUUUACAAUGAUGGCCUACUUCAUAGCCCUCUACUCCCUCGCCUCUUUCGCCACCUCCGCCCUGUCCCUCCCUCAAUCCAAGGGCGCAGCACUUCAAUCCAUCCUAGCCGCAGGUCAAAUGAUCGGUCGACCCCUAUGGGGUUAUUUUCUCGACACAGGAGGGAGGAUCAACCUCACCAUCGUCUGUUAUAUCAUAUGUGGUCUUUCCACUUUGGCAAUUUGGUUACCUGCCAAAUCAUUUGGUGUAUUGGUUUUCUACGCUCUGAUACAAGGUAUGACGGGUGGAACUAUUUGGUCCGUGUCUGCUCCGCUCGUCGCUAGAGUAGUGGGCGUGAAGGAUUUAGCAUCUGCAUUGAGUAUAUAUUGGUUGAUCCUGGUCAUACCCGCUCUGGUUGGACAACCUAUCGCGAUUGCCUUGUUGGAUUAUAGCCAGAGUCAUUUGGGGCGACAAGGCGCGGAAGCUUAUUAUAUCAGUAUAGGGCUUUGUGGAGGGAUGGCCAUGGGGGCGACUUUUUUGUUGGCGGGAGCGAAGCGGUGGAUACAGGGUGAUUGGAAGAUUUUGACGAGGACUUAG